AUGAAUGUUGAGGUCUGCUCGACUAUAACCUCUGUGAAAUAUGUGUUUAAGUAUAUUUACAAAGGUCACGACAAACAAGUUAUCAAUAUUGAUCCGGAUGGACAACCUGUUGUUAUCAAUGAGAUAAAAUGGUUUCAAGAUGCACGAUAUGUCUCGCCUCCCGAGGCAAUAUGGAGGAUUUUUUGCUUCCUUCUUUCUCAGAUAUACCCUUGUGUGAUGGCUUUGCAGAUGCAUCUCCCAGGUCAGCAGAUGGUUAGGUUCAGUGAGGAUGAUAUGCUAACUGACGUUGUUGAAAAGGAAAGAGAUAAGAAAUCAAUGUUGACUGCAUUUUUUCUAAAAAAUAAAGAAGAUAUCAGUGAGAGAGAAUAUAAAUAUAUAGAUUUUCCAAAAAACUUUACGUGGGAUCCGAAUUUACGUCAUUGGAAUCGUCGACAACAAGGACUAAUGCGAGGUCGUUUGGUUUCUGCUAAUCCCGCUGAAGGGGAGCGAUACUACCUUCGACUCCUUUUAUCUCAUAUUAGUGGCCCGACAUGUUUUGAAGAUCUCUACACAGUCAACAACAUAAAACACCCAACAUUUCUGAAAGCAGCUCUUGAAAAAGGGUUAAUAGAGUCCGAUGAUGGUUUAUCACAAUGUAUUACAGAGGCAUCUUUCUUUCAAUUUCCCAAUGCUCUUAGAAGGUUGUUUGCAACGAUUUUGGUUUUUUGCGAGCCAGGAGAUGUUCGUAAGUUAUGGAAUGACCACUACAAUGCACUUUCAGAAGAUUAUAGGCGACAAUACGGAAGUAUCGAGAGAGUCCAGAAUAUGGUCCUCACCGACAUCAUGGUAUUCCUACAAUCUAUGGGUGAUGAUAUUGAUAAUUUUGAUAUUCCAAAGAUAGAUCAAAAUGUCGAUUUAGAAUUUGGAGUUUUUCAUGAGGUACAAGAAGAAUGUUCUAUAGUUAUAGAAUCUGAACAUUUAAUGGCCCGAGAUUUUCUCAAUCCUGAACAAAAAUUUGCAUAUGAUGAGAUCAUACGGCAUGUCGAUAAUGAUAUUCCAGGAGUGUUCUUCAUAGACGGUCCCGGUGGAACAUGA